AUUUCCCCACCACCACCACCAUUCCAAGCGGAACAGAAAUCCUCCCCUUUCUUGGCUAGCCUUCAUCUCUCUUCAAAUCAGCUGAGCUGUUUCACUUGAUCAAGGAAACAUAUGAGGAUCUGGUAUGUAUCUUCAAAUUUUCAUCACCUUGAUGCUGGGGACAUCGCCGGCAUUGACCACUGCUUCUGAAACAAACACUUGCACAGUAAUGGCAUGUGGCAACCCAGGAAUACCCGGUUUACCAGGAAGAGAUGGAAAAGAUGGUGCCAAAGGAGAGAAGGGAGACCAAGGCGUCCAAGUGAGGGGCCAACAGGGUUUUCCUGGGAAGGCAGGGCCUCCUGGAUUGCCUGGAAUUGCAGGGCCCCCGGGCCAGAAAGGACAAAAUGGAGAAACGGCAGACAUUACUUCCACUCAGCAACAAGUAACUGCUUUGGAAAAGCAAGUGCAGACUCUUCAAGCUGACCUUAGCAAGUACAAAAAGAUUGUGAUGUUGCAGCAGGUGAAAGUCGGAGAGAAAUUUUUUGUUUCAAUUGGAGAAGCAACUUUCUCCAAUGGAAAAAGACUGUGUGAAAAUGGAGGGGCAGCCCUUGCCAGCCCGAAGAACGCAGCAGAAAAUGCAGCCUUGGCAGAAAUAGUAAAGAGGAAUUCGAAGGCUGUUUUUCUCGAUAUCAACGAUAUCCAGACUGAAGGGAGAUUCGUGUAUCUGAAUGGAGCACCCCUACGUUACACAAAUUGGAAACAAGGAGAGCCCAAUAACUAUGGUAAUAAAGAGGACUGUGUUGCAGUACUUGACGAUGGACUGUGGAACGAUUUGGAUUGUGAACGGAAAACACUGAUUGUUUGUGAACUGUAACUUCUCCCCCCAAAAGAUGCCUAACCCUGUGGGUGCCUGUGCUCACAGUUAUUAACAUAAUAGCACAACAAAUCUGCAGUUUUUAAGUUUGGGGCGGAGAGAGAGGUGGUUUCUAAGAUAGUUAAAAGUAGCAUGACAGAAGGAUUAUUUUCUGCUGCUCUGCACACACAGCUUUUGUGCCACAAUAAUCUUUGGCCAAAAGGCUUUUUCAGCUUCUUGAAAUGUUACAAAAAGCUGCAAAACAUAUUUAGCAGAAUGAUAGAGAGGGCAACAAUGCUUCUAUUGCACCACUUUCAGCCUGAGGGAGGGGGCUCCUGUCAGUCUGCCAACCUCAAUGACGGAUGUGCCAUUUUAGGCUAGAGUGCCAUAUGCAAAACCACCACCCACGAACCUUAUUAGUCUAAUUUGCAGAAUAUUCAAAUAUGUUAUUAAUUGUGGAAAACCAUUUAACUUCAUCAACAUGCCUCAUCUAUGCCUAGAGAUGUGCACCUGGAAAGGCUGGAGACCUGCCCUUCUGUUGUCGUUUUCACAAAUUUAAAGCUGUAUUUUCAUGAAUCUCUUUCAUGUGCUAGAUUCUGUUCUGGUGUAAUUGCAGCCAUGUGAUGAAUAAAUAGAACUGUUUAUAUGU